CCCAGAGCGAGGCUGGGGUAGAGGCCGACCGAGCUGGAGUCGUCCGCUUGUCGUGGAGGCUACUAGGGAGCCGGCGAGAGGGUGAGCGGGCGAGCAGAGCCGAGCAGAGCCGAACAGAGCCGAGCAGAGCAGGCAGGAGGCAGCGCCGGGGCCGGGCCUCGGCGGAACUCACCGCCCGAGAGGGGCAGCCCGAGCCGGGCGCCGCGGGGUCCCCACCCCCACUCGGCCGGACAGUGCCCGGUGUUCCCCCGUGCGGGGGGCGGCGGCUGCGGCUGACGGGACCCGACAGGACCGCGGCGGGGCUGGGGGUGGGGUUGCCACCUCCACCGAGGAGCCGGCGCGGCCGCCGCGGGCUCUUCAGCGCCGGGGCCCCGGGGCCCGUGACAGACGGGCCGAGGAAGGGAGAAAGGCGACGGGGAAGCAGCGGCGACACCAUGUCAUCUCCCAGUCCGGGCAAGAGGCGGAUGGACACGGACGUGGUCAAGCUCAUUGAGAGUAAGCAUGAGGUUACAAUCCUGGGAGGACUCAAUGAAUUUGUAGUGAAGUUUUACGGACCACAAGGAACACCAUAUGAAGGCGGAGUAUGGAAAGUUAGAGUGGAUCUCCCUGAUAAAUACCCUUUCAAGUCUCCAUCUAUAGGAUUCAUGAAUAAAAUUUUCCAUCCCAACAUUGAUGAAGCGUCAGGAACUGUGUGUCUAGAUGUAAUUAAUCAGACUUGGACAGCUCUCUAUGAUCUUACCAAUAUAUUUGAGUCCUUCCUGCCCCAGUUGUUGGCCUAUCCUAAUCCCAUAGACCCUCUCAAUGGUGAUGCUGCAGCCAUGUACCUCCACCGACCAGAAGAAUACAAGCAGAAAAUUAAAGAGUACAUCCAGAAAUACGCCACGGAGGAGGCGCUGAAGGAGCAGGAGGAGGGCACCGGGGACAGCUCGUCGGAGAGCUCCAUGUCUGACUUUUCGGAAGAUGAGGCCCAGGAUAUGGAGUUGUAGUAGAGAAGGCACCUGCUUUUCAGAAAAAAAGACUAUUAUUUCCUAACCAUGAGAAGCAGACUAUAAUAUUCAUAUUUAAACAAAGCAAUUUUUUUUAUUACUAAACAAGGUUUUUAUGAAUAAUAGCAUUGAUAUAUAUAUAUUAUAUAUCACCCUUUAGAUCUUGAUUUCUCGGUCAUUUCUCAACCUGAGGUGCAUAGCAUAUUCCCACAUUCCAUUUUGGUAGCAAUAUGCGGUUUCGAAUGCAUGCAUUCUUUAAGUCCAUCUGGCCAAGUCAGCCCAUGCGCUACUGAAGUGUCACAAACGAGGGAGCCGCUCUGAUAGCUAGGCACGAGUGACAGUAACAGGACACAAAGGAAAAAAGUCGCUUCUUGUAAGAAUUUGAUGGUUCCAAAGAAACAAACCAACCAGCUCUCAGACAUGAAGAUAGACUAGUGUGGCGUGUUCAAACAGUGGAAGAGAGAAAAAAAAAUUGGAAGAAACAAAACAAAACAAAAAAGCCUGUCGGGGAAGGGAACACGGAGAACCAGCUUCCCAUGACCCAUAGGUGGGUCCCAUCCCUGUGGAGUGACAGUCUCACACAGAAAGCUAAUUAGAGGAUUGAAACUAAAAGAAAAAAAAAAUUGACUGGGAUCUUUUUAAGUACAUUUUUAUAUGUUGGUUCCUGCCCUUCUUGCUACCAGGCCUUGUGCAGCCACGAGUGUUUUUGCUUUUUGAACCUUUUUUGGAAGUGUUUUUGGUUUUUUUUUUUUUUUUUUCCCCUCUGGACCUGGUGUCUUUCCUUCCUUUCUUUCUUCCUUUCUCUUUGUUUCUUUCUUUUCCUUCCUUCCUUCCUUCCUCUUGAGGGUAGAGCCUGUGACCCAGAGCCUUUUUUUUUUUUUUUUAACAGGCCAGGAGGAAGGAAGGAAAAGUGAUGUACCGCUGCCCUGGACUUAAGAGCUUUAAAUUGGAGAGGUCGUGGGAAUUCUGUUAGUUUCUUUUCCUGGGGAAGAGGCAGGGACAGGUAGACGUUUGGAGAGUGGGGUUGUGCGUGAAGUGUGCUUAGGUGGCAGAACCAGCCACCCCUGCCGAGAGAUGGCCUCCUUGGUAGGGCCCGAGCCGGGAGAGAAGACCCGCUGUGGUACCUGGGCACCCAGCUCACGUUGGGAUUUUGUUUUCCCUCACGGCAGCUGCUCUUGGCAGCUGCCUGGUCAUCAUCUGUUUGUGGGAGUGGCAAAUGAGUAUUUUAGACCCAACACACACUCUAAAUUGACAGCAAGUAAUGAUUAGAACAAAUAAAGGUUCUUUUACCCAAAAUGACUCUCCAUGGAAAACAGCUUUUUGGGGUUUUUUUAUGUUUGGUUUGGUUUCGUUUGGUUUGGUUUUUUUAAUCCCCCCCCUUCCCCAAAUGUGUGACUGAAGUAGGAAGAAAUGAUUUAGAAAGACUGUGUAGUGUAACGGGGUUUUGAAGGAAGACAGAUUUCUCUGCUGUGUAGGGUGAGGGAAUCCGACAGUUGUCAGAGGCCUGCUAAUCAAUUGUUUCCUCAGCUAACCAUAUGUCCAGGUAGCCGACGCAUCUUUUCAAAUCUGAGUGCCGCCUGCUGAGUCUGGAGAACUUACACACAGCAACUCUGUGCUUUUUUUUUUUUUCCUUCUUUUUCUCACUUCCCCGCCCCCCCUUUCUUUUUCCAUAGUAGGAUUCUAGCAGUGAGCCAGUCUUAAAACUUUCUAAAGAUUUUUUUUUUAAUGUCCCACAGGAAUGAUUUUUCUUUCUUAUGUUUUUUUGUUUUUGUUUUUUUAAUUUAGAAGUGCUAUAUUCCACAAGAUUAUCAUCAAUGAGGUUGAAAGAUACCUUUUUUUAAUUCAAAAAGCACAACCAAUCUUUUUCUUUGAAAAAGCUACAUAACGUACAACUUGCUUUCAGCAUGAUUAUUUUCCUAAAUGAAAAAAAGACAAAGGAUUUACUUAUUUUACGUUAAUUACGGGCAUGAAGCAAAAGGUUUUCUUAAUAAAAAAAAAACUUAAAGUGCAGUUAUGUAGGGCUGUGGUUAGUUAACCGUACUGAGUUACUUGUCUAGCAUUGUGGCUUGUUGGAAGGGUAGUAUUAACUAUUUAACAUGUACCGGUGUACUUUAACUCUUAUCUAGCACGUUGUCUUCUCAUUACUUUGGGGGAGGGAGGGUCUCGACCGGCACUGUCUUAACUUGCUUCCCUGCUGAAUUAGCAGUUUGCUUGUGCUAUAAACCGUCACUGUAGGUGCAAAUUAGGGUAGGCUUCAAGUGCUGGGGUGGUGAUUUGAGUUCAAAACAAUAAAAUAUUGUAUUUUUUCAAUAUUGUAUAAAUAAUAGUGUCCUAAUUACCUACUCCCCCCCACACUCCUACCACCCCUCCACCAAAAAUGUCCAGAGAACAGCUGCUGUAAAUCUUGUCCAAGAAAAAUAGCAGAGCCAAGUUUAGGGGCGCAGGCCCUCGAGCAGUGCCCAUGGCCCUGCUGCCCAGCUCAGUCCAUGUGUCUCCAGUGAGAGGACAGUCACCUGCCAGUACCAGCAGCUUGGUGGCACUGGAUUUCCCGGGAGUGCCGGGAAGCCGUGGAGGUCAGGAGCAGAUGAGGUUUGCUCCUGACCAUCCCGAUCUGUGGCGAGGUUGUAAUCAGGCUGCUCUGUUGGCACUGGAAUCUCUACCCAAACCACACCGAACCCUCCUCCCCUCCUGCACAAGCCUGUCCUUUCUGGGUUGGCACCCUGGUCCCAUGCUGGUGGGUACAGGAGUCGGCCCGGGGACUCUGCGCACCUAGGACAAGUGGGAAAGUUGGUCAGGGCAGGGAGUGAUACAAUGCCAAGGCUUCCAGAGGGUGCCGCAGCAGAGCCCCCGCAGAGAGGCUGGGCAUGACCGGCUCCCAGGGAUGUGCAAGCUAGUGCCCUCUCGGUACCCCGUCACUCCUAGCUUUUGAAAUCCUCCCAUUCCUUGCCCUUGUCCAAAUAAUUGAGGCUCAGACUCGCGCCAAAGCCAGGAAGCAAGAGGCCACUGCUUGCUCACCCUCGUGCCUGAGUUUUGUUUUGCUUCGUCUUCUAUCUCAUCGCCCUACUCAAGGUUGCUGUGCAUUUCACCCUAAUGAGAUAAUCACCCGACAUUGCCAUUCAGCCCCUAAGAUCUUCCUCCAAAAGCUCUUCUAAUUGCCAACUAGCUGAUCCAAGCUUUGAGGAGUGUCUCUCCUCACGUGGCUCCCUGAUGCCCUAGUUGGCCUUGGUCAGACACUGCUUCUUGCUUCCUUUCUUUCUUCCUUUCUUUGUUUUUAAGGCCUCCUCUUGGGGUGAAUGAGAAUCAGUGAGAGGUAGGACUUACCUCAUGAUUCUCAGUGUCUAGGCAUCAAUUUUCUGGAAGGUAGUGUGUUUGCUUUUACAAAGGGUAUGACCCAUCUGUGCCCUUCACAGAAAGUAGCUAGAGUGUUUGUACAUUUGUUUUUGUUGUUGUUGUUGUUGUUUUUAUCAGUUUCCUAACUGGGUUCAGGGCCUCACUGAGUGGAGUCAAAUCAUUUCUGGUUGGGUGUCAAGAACUCCAUUCCUUCAGAUUCAUGAAUCCGCACUCUCCUCUCCUCUGGCACUCAGUACCUUGGCAGUUCCUUUAGGGGUGGAAUGAGUGCAGACCCUGGCGGUGGGGAUGGGGGUGGGGAGGAUCCAUUAAGGGGCCUCAGACACCAGAAGAAGGGCCAGGACUCACCAUCCAGCAAAAUCCUCCUCCUGGCUGUGGGCUUGGAAAGAAAUGACCAUUAGUUAUUGACUGUCUUUGGUACCUGUUGUGUGAUACUUGAAGAGAUUUUUUUUAAAGGGAUUUACUGGCCCUUGAUUGAAAUCUAAGCUUUUUAUUGCCUUUUCCCCCCUUGCCCUCUCUCCUGUCCAUCUUCCGUGCAUUGUGAUCACCUAGUGGGCAUUUCUGUCUACAGGACGAAUGCCUCCUCUGACUAUAACCUCUUAAUAGUUGUGUAUAGUGAAAACUGUAAACUUUUUUUAAAUAAAAUGUGUAUAUACCUUG